CUCCUCGGGCCGCUGCUGAGGCGGGACGCGGGAAAGUGGCACUUCCAGUGUCACUCUGAGGGUGACUGUGGGCGGCGGUGGGACCCACGCUGGGUGUAAAAUACUUGUGUGUAAUAACUGAACUGAGAGAAGACGAGCAAACUUGGGAGGACAGAAAUAAAUGAACAUGAACUACGUAGAUUUGCACCACGGACUCUAUGGCCAGGCCGCAUCUAUCGUAGUUUCCCAGUUGUUUUUGCUUCGUUAAGACUAAACUGCACUCUGAGAUACCCUGGUGAAUAGAAGUCAGGAGCUACAUAAAGGAACAAACUGGCUUCUCCAGGAUGAGAAGAUGGAUGAUUUGAGGACACCCAUAUCUGGAAAAAAAUACCCAAAUGGCUGUUCAGAUGGAUGGUUUGAUGUGUCCCUGGAUGCUGAGAAUGAGAUAGAAGCUGUGCAGAUCCAAGAGCCUGGGCUCUGUGAUACCUCUGGCCCCAACCAGGGGCAGUGGAGGGAGAGUGAGACCUCCAGGAAGAGGCCUAGACACUAUGGAGUUUGGAGAGUUUUCAACAAAAAGAAACCUUCCGGGGGUGACAGACGGCGCCAUUCCAUGCUCCUCCCAGGAGAGGCUUCAGUUCACAAACUGUCUUUUGGUGAUAGGCUGAGGUCUCUAAAGAAGCUGAAAACCUCAUUGUUCUUUAAGAGGAAAAAUGCUAAGUCCUCUAAUGCAUCAUACUGUAGCGUCCACAAUGAUGACCAGGAGGAACUGUCAUUGUUCAGGGACUUUUCUGUUCCUAUGUAUACGCAGCAAAACACUCCUAGAAACAAGAGUCAGAGACACUCUUAUGCUGGCCACACAAAGGACUUUUACUAUUCCUUGGAAAACAUUGAUGUAGUUAGUACUUCAGAAAAUAUGUCCCCAUCACACAGAACAUCUAGGAAUCCAAAUGGUUCUAGAUCCUUAGAUGGCAUCCUCAGCACAAAGAAAGCGCACCCAAACUGCUUAAACUAUAACAACUGUGUUAGCUAUGAACUGCACCACUUCAGGGACAGUCCAAAGACACCACAACGUCACAGAAAAUCCAAAGGUUCAGACGUCUGGAAUUACCUACGAAAAAUCUCAUUCAUGAGUAAAGGUGUGCCUCACCAGUCAGAAAAGAGUUUCAAUUCUGACCUUCACAACUUGGACAAGGUCUUAAGUUCUGAUUGUGCCCCUGUUGAACCAGAGUGUGUUAAGGAUCUUACCUGCCCACCUGAAGCAGAAAGCUCUGCUGUAAAAGGUCACCGCUUUCAAAAUUUUAUUCGUUUUUUCAGUGGUGUGGCUGACUCGGCUAGGAGAUGGAAACAUUCUCCGCAGCUUUUCCCUCCACGAGAAGAGGAACCUUCUGUUCAGGUCUCUUCCAAAUCCCCAAGCUCAAGUGUUUUAAUUCACAGCAUGUCCUCAGACAUGAGCAGCACCCCAGCGCUUCCCACUCCCAUAUGCUCAGACUUCGACUUUUCCAAGACUGUUUUGCUCAGCAGCCCCAUGACAGGAAGCCCUGGCUGGAAAACUCCAAAAUAUCAGAAGACACACACCGCACAGUCUGGCUUUAAUGGGCACCCAUGCAACAUCUCUAGUAGAUCAGUAACACCCCACAUUUUAUAUCACAUGUCUGAGACAUCUCCAGAAGGUGAUAGAAAACUGCACCAACUAAAGAGCAGGAUUCCCUUGGAGACAGAAGCUCAGAUAAACAGUAGCUCUCUUGAUUUGGAAAGUUCAGUAGAAAUACAUAAAGGUUCUAGAUGUGAUGUUGUCACAGUUGGUGAGAUCCAGCAUCAAAAUGACCGAAUUAAUGUGGAAAAUAAAUGUAUUUUCUCCAAUGGAAACUCAGGGAAAGUGCAAAAGGCUUUGCUCCACAUCGUUAGGAACUAUGCCAAGAAUCUGCCUUUGAGAGCUGCACCCCAGCGCUGUCACUCUGUACUUUUACGGAAAGACCUCCCCAGCAGGAUAUACUUAACAGACUGGAAACACUUAGCAGCUGAGUCCAAGUCGUUGAUGGAAAUAAGGCGGCAAUGUGACGAGAACCCAAGAACCAAUGGGAGGAGACUGCUGAGGACACAGUCUGAACCGCUGCACAUUGACAAACUUACUAGUGGAGGUUCAAUUGUCAACGCUGAGGCAGUAUGGGACCACGUCACCAUGGCCGACCGGGAGCUGGCAUUUAAGGCAGGAGACGUCAUCAAAGUCCUGGACGCCUCCAACAAGGACUGGUGGUGGGGACAAAUUGAUGAUGAAGAGGGAUGGUUUCCCGCCAGCUUCGUAAGGGUUGAACCCCACCCUCCUCAACCCCAAACAAAACAAGUUUUCUAUAUCAACCCUAUAGCAACUCCAGGGGUCCAAAACACAACUUCCAAGCUAUGGGCCAACCAGGAGGAUGGCGCUGUGGAAGCGGUGGAGGGCUCCAACGAGGUACAGAAUGGCCACCUGGACCCCAGCAAUGACUGCCUGUGUCUGGGCCGCCCACUCCAGAACCGAGACCAGAUGAGGGCCAACGUGAUCAACGAAAUCAUGAGCACAGAGCGGCACUACAUAAAGCACCUGAAGGACAUUUGCGAGGGUUAUCUGAGACAGUGCAAGAAAAGAAGAGACAUGUUUAAUGACGACCAGCUCAAAGUCAUAUUCGGAAAUAUCGAAGACAUCUACAGAUUUCAGAUGGGGUUCGUUCGAGACCUGGAAAAGCAGUACAACACAGAGGAACCGCAUCUCAGUGAAAUUGGCCCAUGCUUCCUCGAGCAUCAAGAUGGCUUUUGGAUCUACUCUGAGUACUGCAACAAUCACCUGGAUGCAUGCAUGGAGCUGUCCAAGCUGAUGAGGGAUGGCCGAUACCAGCACUUCUUCGAGGCUUGCCGCCUCCUACAGCAGAUGAUCGACAUUGCCAUCGACGGGUUUCUGCUCACACCUGUACAGAAGAUCUGCAAGUACCCCCUGCAGCUGGCAGAGCUGCUGAAGUACACAGUCCAAGAGCACAGUGACUACCGCUACGUGGCCGCGGCUCUGGCUGUCAUGAGGAAUGUCACUCAGCAGAUCAACGAGCGCAAGAGGCGGUUGGAGAACAUUGACAAGAUCGCGCAGUGGCAAGCCUCUGUCCUAGACUGGGAGGGUGAUGACAUUUUGGACAGGAGUUCAGAGCUGGUCUACACAGGCGAGAUGUCGUGGAUUUACCAGCCCUACGGCAGGAGUCAGCAGAGGGUCUUUUUUCUGUUCGAUCACCAGAUGGUCCUGUGCAAAAAGGACUUGAUACGCAGGGAUGUGCUUUACUACAAGGGCCGCAUCGAUAUGGACAGGUAUGAGGUGAUCGACACGGAUGACGGCAGGGACGACGACUUCAACGUCAGCGUUAAGAACGCCUUCAAGUUGCACAACAAGGACACAGAGGAGAUCCACCUCUUCCUGGCCAAGAAGCUGGAGGAGAAGAUGCGAUGGCUCAGAGCUUUCCAUGAGGAGCGCAAAAUGGUGCAAGAGGAUGAAAAAAUAGGUUUUGAAAUUUCAGAGUAUCAAAAGCGGCAAGCUGCCAUGACAGUGCGAAAAGUGACCAAACAGAAAGGUGUGAGCCAGAACAGGUCUUUGCCCCCAUCCUACCCCCCACCUCUGGACCCCAUGAAUCCUGGACAGUACAUGGUGGCAGACGGCUUAGCACAAUCCGAGGUUUUUGAGUUUAGCGAGCCCAAAAGGAGCCCGUCUCCCUUCUGGCAAAACUUCAGCAGGUUAACACCAUUCAAAAAAUAGAGCAAGUAGGAUCUUUUUUAGAAGGACUACCUUAUUUUCGCUGAAGGACUAUGCUACAAUUAAUUAAGGGGAAGUGGGAACAAAAACGGACCAAAGCUAUUUGGUUGGAGAGUUGUUUGCAAGCAUCAGAUGACUGUACUACUGAUUAACCACUACUGUUACCUGCAUUACUGCUACCACAAUGACUAAAAUGAGUAGACCCUCCCGGAGCCUGUUGGAACCCUUGACCAAAACACUCGCAUUUCUUCUAUUUCGUGAGACUGUUUUUUUGUGUGAACUGUACCCUUUGGACAUUAGAAAAAAAGGAUACUUGAGAAUUAUUUUCUUGAACACGUAGCGUGAGAUUCCAGCUGGAAGACACAAGAAGCACUAAUCCUCCAAAUGGUCGUACCAUUCUGAUUGUGCACUGUGAAACCGUCGGGCAUUUUGCGUUGCUCCUCCGUUUGUUCUUGCUCUAUGUUGGAAAGCAUUACAACUUUCAUUUUGUAAAGGCUGUUUCUGGCUGAUAGGUUUUUGA